AUGUCGGGCCAAACAUCAAUACACCCCAAAGCGCCCGAGUUGCACAUUAGACUUCCUAACCCUCGACCUCCACCCUCGAUGAAGAAGGCGGAACAAGUGAUCGAGUCUUGGGAAGACGAUGAUCCUUCUUCCCCCGUCGAAGGAGAUUCCAAUACUCAUACACCAGUCGAGGGAAGUGGCCUUUCUCUGAAGCAGUCCGAGUCUGCAGAUCCUGCGCUACGCCCACCUCCCCCUACCCCCAUUGUUCCAAACAACGGUGGGCAGUACAUUGACUGGUCACCCGCCCAGGUCCUUGGAGGUGGCCGUCCAAGUACCAGGCCAUUCACGCCUUCCGGGGCUUCCACACCACAGAACGACUCUGAUCGAGAACAACGAAGACCAGAGAAGACGACGGCCACCGCUAGUCGAAUGAUAGCCGCAGGAUUGGGGUUGAAAGCUCCCAAGAAGACCGAGGAACAAAGGCAGUAUGAUCGAGCGGUUAGAGAACAGGAGAUGAAACGAAGAAGUAAGGAGAAGGAGGAGAGAGCACGUGAAAGAGAAGCUGAUGAAAAGGCCAAAGCUGCGGUUUGGGAUGAUUGA